AUGCACCACUGUAGUCGAAUUGGUCGGCAGCCAAAUGCUAUAAAGUACUACUGUGCUCGUGAGAUUUCGCAAAACUCGGCGGUAGCGGAUGCUGCUAUCUCGGCCAGCUCGACAGGAAUCAAUGCUGUGAUUUCUUUAGGAGGAUCAGCCAGUUCCACUACUAAUAUUUCCACGACUAGUAACAAAAUUACCUCUUCGCUUUCUUCCACUAAGCAAGACAAGGUGAUAGUUGCAAUUGUUUCUGCUGAUAACGCGACCAGCACUAACACUUUAUCAGAAUCAAGUGAUAAGAACUCGACUAUUUCAUCGUCUUUAGUAGUUCCUAUUGGAACAGCAACCAAAGUGAUUGACAGUGUAGCUGCUGUCGCUUCGAGCUCUCAAUCACCACAGAAGCCGGAGGUCGAGCGUAAGUCUUGCCAGACGGGACAUCAUCAUUUGAGAAACAGGUCUCUACAGAUGACGGUUCCAGUUGCACCACUUCCUUCUUCUACAGCCAUUGGUACGGGGUUUAAAGAUGCAGUACAAUCAGUGGAGACAUUUCCAUCUGCUUCUUCUCCUUCCUCCUCAGCCCCAUCACCUGCUAAUCCUGGGAGCCCCUGUCCACUUUUGCUUAUUAACUCUUUCACUGUGACCACUUUACCCUCCAAUCGAUUCAAUUCUUCGCCUCUCUCCCAACAGUCGCAAAGCCUUUCAUGUUCCUAUACUUCUAACCCUCCACUACCACCUCCAUUGCCUCAUACCUUACCUUGCUCUGUCUCUUCUGUUGAAAUAGCUAGCACUCCACACUCUACCACUCCUACCAAGUCUUUCCUUAUUUCCACCGGAUCUCGGGCCACAUUUAGUCAUUCUUCACAUGAGUUACCAAGUCCGAGUCCUGCUAAAAGGGCACGAACUCCAGUCAGUUCAAUGGAUACCACUUCUGUUAAUAGUUCUCCUGGUAGAACUCUGGCUAAAAAGCACUCUUCGAUCGAUAUAAACUUGCCGCGGGAUGUGUCGAUGUCUGUAAUAUCACCUCAGAUACCUGGGAUAGUAAUUGCACCCUCGGAAACCGAGCCAAUAGCUUUUACCAGACAAAACGAGGACAUAAGACCACGGACCCAGUCUCACAGCCAUCAACAUCAACAAAAACAGCAAACCCAACACUCGCACGGCCUUGACGAUGAAGGGCAUCGGUUCACGGAAUCAAGAGGUACCAAAAUAAGUUCGCCAUCACUCUCUUCUCUCGCUUCUCCUAGUUCUUCAGAUGUUUCGGAACCAGCCCUUUGCGAUACAGCAGUAACUUUGACAGAUAUUCAUAAUAUACAGGAGAUUACUCCAAAUUUUUUGUUCGCAUAA